CGUAACUUAAUCGUUUAGCAAAGUUUUUGUUGUAAUAGAGACAAAGAAACAUCAUCAAACAAAACAGCAACAACAACAGCAGUAACAACAACAACAACAACAGUGUAAAACCUCUUCACAACGACAAAGUCAGUCUGUUCAGAUCUGAAUUGAUCGAACGUUUCAUCAAACAAAACCAGUAGGCCCUGCAUGCAUGCCAUCACAUACACGCAUACGUACAAUUCUGCAGAACGCGUUAUAAUGUAAUAAUAUUUAGAAAUUGUUGAUUUGCUAUUUAUAGAAGAUAAUUUUAAGUUGUUGAGUUCUAGAUUUAGGCCAUUUAACGAAAGUAAACAUACUUCAGAAUACUCUCUGAAAAUAUUUGUAGCUUCAAUUACGUACAACAUCUUCAAUCAAAGCUCUCAAUCAACAUCGUUAUACAACGGUGAAAUUAAUAAAAACAACGUCUCGGAUUAGACAUUGUUGAUAUCAUCAUCAUCGUCAACAGGAGCAAGAUAAUAAAUCACCUCCAUUCUCAUAUCUGCGACGAAACUAAAAAAUCACUUUUGAUCUGAUUCAAACAUAAAACAGCCAAACAAAUACAUUCAUAUAUUCAAUUAAAAAUUACUUCAAAUCCGUCUGAAAACGACUCGGAAACAUGACAACACCAACGAAACAACAACCUUCAAAUAUCUCAAAAAAACUUUUAAACUCAAAAAGAGAAUGUGUUACAGAAGCCAUCUCAGGUUUGCUCUGCUGGAAUCCAGGCUUGGCGACCUUAGAUGGCUUUGACAAUGUUGUCCUUAGACACGAUUGGAACAGUCCUGCGAGGAGGUCAAAAGUUUCGCUGUUAACUGGUGGCGGUUCUGGUCACGAACCUUGCUUCUCUGGUUUUGUUGGCGAAGGAAUGGUGACCUGUGCAGUUCAAGGUCACAUCUUCGCCGCGCCGUCAGCUAAGUCAAUACUGGCUGCCAUCAUGGCUCUCAACUGGAAUAAGCAAGGAGUGCUUGUACUGUUCAACAACUACACCGGUGAUCGAGUCAAUUUUGGAUUGGCUAUUGAGAAGGCGAGGGCUAAAGGUGUCAAGAUUGAAAUUGUAAUAAACGCCGACGACUGUGCAUUAAAUGAUGGAUGGCGGGAAGUAAAUAGGAGGGGAUUGGCGGGAAUCAUUCUUCUAUUGAAGAUGGUUGGUUAUGUCAUUGAGUCAGGUGACCCUCUGGAAAAAGUGGCUGAAUUCGCCAGGGAGUGUGUGUUAGACAUAGCCACCAUGGGUGUGUCGUGGUCGUCCUGCAGUUUUCCGGGAGGUGGUCCUUUGUUUGAAUUGGGGGCCGAUGAAAUGGAAAUAGGGCUAGGUUGGAUAUUUUCUAUUUGUUAG